UGUCUGCCACGUUGAGGGGUUUAUAGAGGGGUAGUUUGAAGAGUAAACAGGCUGUCAGAGUGGCUGUGGGAGGCGGGGUUGGCUGAGCUCAUACUAUGAGGAAGAACGCAGAAGCCGAAAUUGCUGAGCAAUGGGAGAACUGGUUCUGCAUGUGCUGAAAACACCAAGGAGUGACAGAGUAAAGUAUCCAGUGGAGGAGUGCGGAGCGUGUUGGAGUGCAUGUGGCCUUUCUCACAGAGCUUGAGGUAAGAAGUGGAGGAAGGCUCGGUGUUUGGGGUUUUGAAGGAGGAAAAGACUGUGAGCGGUUAAAGGAGCAAAAAGAAGGAAAACUGUGAGGAAGAGACUGUGUGGACUGUUCAGGGACAACAGUGGAAGGUGCUGUCUAUAGUGGCAGUAGGAAGCAGACUGAAGACUGGACAGAACAAGACCGCGAGGAAGGAAGUUUGGAGGAACUGAGGGAGCAACAGAAGGAGGAAAGGGGUACCCCCCAGGCUGACUGCAAAGAAAGGAGUUUUGUGAUACCAAAAGGCCAAGAAAAGGAAGGAAAAUGUAGAGAAUGGAAUUUGGGUAUAAAGGGGCAACUGAAGGUGGAAGAUGGAAUAGGAAGUGGAAUUGGCUGUAUGGGGUGUUGAAGAGGCACUAAAAAGGAAGACUGCAAGGAGUUUUUAGGGUAUUUAGGGGAGCAAAGCAGAAGGAAGGGACUGUGUGGGGUUUUAAAGAGAAAGGCUGAGGAAAACUGUUUUGGGGUGUUGAGGGUGAAGGAAAAGGGUUUGGGGAAUUAAAAUUGCAAUAAGAGGAAGAGAAAGACAUUGAGGAAAGGAAGGUGUCAGGUGUUAAUGGGCAACAGAAGGAGGUAAACUGUGAGGAAUAUGCUAUGUGGGGUUGUUAAGGGGGUAAUAAAGGGAGGAAAACUGUGAAGAAAUGAGUUUUGGGCUGCUAGGAAAUGAAUGGGGCAGUAGACACACUAUAAGAAAAUUUAUGGGCUGUUAAAAGUGCAGUGAAAGGGCUGCAAGGAAGAGACUGUGGGGAUAAUUAAAGGAGGAAGCUAAGAAGACUUGUUUGUGUUUGAAUUUAUGGCAAUUUUCUCCCUGUACCCGAGCAAAAGAGUGCGCGGGAAGCGUCUGCGUCGCUUCGCACCGCUCAUGCCUGCACUUGUGUUGCUUGUGCUAGCCGUGCCUCGUGCUCUUGCACCAGGGGCGCGUCUGGACUUUGAAGACUCCAAUUCCGAAGACUCACAUGCGCACGUGACGUUGCUGCUCUUGUGGUGGGCACCCUUUGGUAGUGCACACUCACCUCCGAACUGCGCAACGAGCUAUGGCGUACGUGGGUGUGUGCUGACGCAGGACAGGGACAAAUACACACGUGCCGACGCAGUGAUCAUGCACCACCGUGAGCUGGUGCAAGAGCCAGAGGCCCUCCCGCAGCUCCCACGCCCUAAGGGCCAGAAAUGGAUCUGGAUGAACUUCGAGUCUCCUUCGCACUCACCCUGGCUGGACGGUCUGGACAGACUUUUCAACCUGACCAUGUCCUACCGCUUUGGCUCUGACAUCUUUUUGCCCUAUGGGUACCUCCAGCGUCGUCGUUAUGACAGUGUUGAUGACCCUCCAAUAAUCCACGGUGGCAAUAACAUCAACCCUCAGAUGAGUCACCACAGCAGUGACCCUCGGGCUGAUCGGCAUGGCAAUGACCACAAUGGUCAUCUGACAGACCACCAUGGUAACCGCAGCAACCAUGCAGCAGGUCACCACAGCGACAACUCUCCUGUGUGGCAGCAUCGUGGCCAGUCAGGCCCCAGGCACCGGGCACUGGUUGCCUGGGUGAUCAGCAACUGGAGCGAGAAGCAAGAGAGGGUUCAGUUCUACUGGCGGCUUCGUCGUUACAUCCGGGUGGACAUCUAUGGCCGCCGGGCACUGCGUCUGGUCAACAACAGCGUGCUGCAGACCAUCUCCAGCUACAAGUUCUAUCUGGCUUUCGAAAACUCCCUCCACACAGACUAUAUUACCGAGAAACUGUGGCGUAAUGCCCUUCAGACUGGAGCCGUGCCCGUGGUGCUGGGGCCGUCGCGGGAAAACUACGAGCGCUUCCUGCCUCCGGAUGCUUUCAUCCACGUCCAUGACUUCAAAUCGCCCCGGGCCCUUGCCGCGUACCUCAUGUACCUGGACCAAAAUCCAGCUCAGUAUCGCCGCUACCUGGCCUGGAGGCAGGACUACAGUGUGCAUGUGACCUCAUUCUGGGCAGAGCAUUACUGCGCCGCCUGCCAGGCUGUGCAAGCCAGCCGUAAGCAACAGAAAACAGUUAAACACCUAGAAAUCUGGUUCAAUUCUUGACGGACGUGUGGAACAAUAACUGUAGGACUUAUUAGUUCGGAUGUAUGGAAUGAUAUGGCGAAUGCGAUUCAACUGAACUGGAGUCAAUGAUUUUCAGUGCUAGUCUGGAAAACCCCAGCCUUGCAUAUUUUGGUGUUUUCUAUUGCCAUGGCGUUCCUUUUACAAAUAAGAAUGGUUCACUGAAAAAUCGAAUUGACAUUUUCCCCACUGCACCUCAGGUGUAGUCGAUUGGCCAAGACAUAUUUGAUGUCUGAAG